AUGCUACUAACACGGCUUGCACUUCUCUCGGCCUCGGUCUCGCUCAGCCUUGCUGCAGUUGUGCCCAAGGACACCCAACGGGACGUGGUCCGCCUGGGCGGCGACGACGAUGAUCCAGCUCAGGGAGCCCGAUACCGGCCCCUCCCUCCUUUACGCGAGCAAGAUGCCCUCGAGCGCCAAUGGGUCAAGAAGAGGUGGGACCACGUCCCAUCCAUCCUCAAGAAACACGGGUACGACGCGUGGCUCCUCUCCAUGCGCGAGUAUGCCGAGGACACGGCGUUCCGCGCGCUGGUGCCCACCACGACCGUGUUCUCGGCUCGUCGCCGCAGCGUGUUCCUGUUCCACACCCACCCGACCAUCGAGUCGCCACUGUACCUCAUCGACAACACGGAGGGUAUCUGGGACACGCUCAACGCGGCGCUGUCCGAGAUUGACCCGCAGAAAAUAGCCAUUGACGUCGAUGCGCACGUCGCCUUUGCAGACGGCCUGCACGCCGGCGAGACACACGCACUCAUGCUGGGUCUGGACCCCGAGUAUCUGUUCCGGACAAGCCCGUGCCGUGCCAUACCCGUUGAAGUCAUCGCCGCGCGCGUCGGUGGCGAAGCCCAGCUGGAGCAGUACCAGCACAUGAUGGAGACGGUGUGGGCCAUGGUCUCUGACGGGUUUUCGGAAAAGGUCAUCACGGCAGGGGUGACCACGCCGCAGGACCUCGAGUGGUGGUUCCGCGACACGAUGCGCUGGCGCCUGGGCACCGGCACCUGGUUCCCGCCCAGCGUCGACAUUAGUCGCCACCCAGACGAGCCGAGCGUCGAAGACCACCCGCAGUUCCGGCCCGGCGACAUGAUCCACGUCGAUAUCGGCAUCACCGCCAUGGGGAUGAACACGGACACGCAGCACCUGGGCUACAUUCUGCGGCACAACGAGACGGCCCCGCCGGCGGGCCUGGUCGAGGGCAUGCGCAACGCCAACAAGCUCCAGGACUUUGUGCGCGAGGAAAUGGUCCCCGGGCGGACGGGCAACGAGGUCCUCUUUGCCGUCUUUGACCGCAUGAACGCGUCCGGCCUCGACGGCGACAUUUACUCCCACCCCAUCGGCGACUAUGGCCACAGCGCAGGCGCAGUCAUUGGGUUCACCAACAUCCAGGGCUUUGUGCCGCACCUGGGCGAGAAUAAAGUCCUGGAGGAUUACUGGACCAGUGUCGAGCUGGCCGGUAGGACGUAUGUGCCCGAGUGGGGUCGGGUCGUCAGGUUUGAGCUCGAAGAGGACGUGUUCUGGAGCAACGACUCGAAGAGCUUUGAGUGGGUGUUUGGCCAGCAAAGGCAGUUCCACCUCGUGCGUCCCUUUGACAAUGCGCGCGUCACUGCUGGCGGCGUGGGUGAGAACGUCGGUGCACGCGCCCUCGGUUGGCUCGCCGCCAAGCUUGGGUGGCAGAUGGCCUUUGGGAGGUAA